AGGACAGAGUGAUGGGAUACGACCCUGCGAUUUAACACGAUCUACAAAACAUCCUCCAUGUGCAAGCCAUUGACUAGCACGAGGCACAUCUUUUGUUAAUCUGUGAAAACUGCGUGUGUCGUCAUUCGCUGUUUCCGUUCGGUGUGGGCGGGACAGACCUGUUUGACAGCCAAUCACUGCGCGCAAUUCAACAACCGCCCUAAAUUACAAGAAGCCGAUUGGCUGUUUCUUUAAACACGGACUGGAGUCGUUUCUGUUCUCAACUGAGCCUUUUAUAACCUUUUUCGGAAACUUGAGAGUAAAAUAUGAUGCUCAGAGUGCUUACAACCUGUCUUAAAACGUUUUAACGUACAUUUGCGACUGGAAAAUAAAAACGCGCUUUUAUGGGUGAAGAAGGAAACACUUAUCAACACCUAGUGGCAGGUAACAGUUUCCAUAGCAACAUGCUUACAGGCAACAUGGAGUUCCUACAGUGGAGUUGUCAUGAUGUUGCAACAUGGAUUGAGUCUUUAGGAUUUCCACAGUACAAAGCAUGUUUCAUGGAGAACCUCAUCACUGGAAGAAAGCUCAUUUAUGUAAAUUGCGUCUACUUGCCAAGACUUGGAAUCACAGAUUUUAAAGACAUGAAGGUCAUCAGUGCUCGUGUGCGAGAGCUGCUGGGGAUCACAGAGACCCUGUGGAGCCGCAGCAUCGCCGACACUCGACGGGACAUCGUGGGCAUGUUCUUGGAAAACAAGAGCCGGACAGGUGAACGGGUGGACAACCAAACCUACCAGCAGUUCCUGGAUGACAUGCGUCAGUGAGAGAGACAUGAAUCACAACAAGUAAAGUGGCGCUGCAAAAACCAAGACAUCUCCGUGUCAUUUCAUAUCACCAACUGUCAGCUCAUGAUGACUCAGAUGAGACACUCACAGGAGGCCACAUGUAGGCCUUGACAUUAACACUUCCCACCAGCAAAAUGCUUGCAUGUUGUUGUUGUUGUAGCUAGUGAAAAAGCAGUUUCUACAAGUGCAGGUAGCCAACAUGACUGCAACACUAUCAAUGACUUUGUGUACACACAUUCAGUAUGACUAACAGUUGAAAUAGUCACACAUUUGCAUGUAGUAUCCAUACGGCCACAACUUAAUUUGACCAUUUUGCAAAAACAAAUCUAAAUGUUAAUAUAUCCUAUAUUUUCUUGAAGGAACCUUUAGCUAAAUAUUGAACAAUUAAUAAACUUUGGGAGCCUUACUAUUCCCUUCUCACUGUCACAUGUGUAUGGAAAAAGCAAGUGCAAACAGGAUUUUCUGAUCAUGUAUGCAAUCAAUUAUUUGUCAUGUAAAAGUUGUGGACCUCGUUUUUACAACUAAUCAGUAAACUGAAUUGUAUAUCACUGCCUUUUACCAUGCAGUAGAGGGUUAACACUUCCCACCAGCAAAAUGCUUGUACGUUAUAGUGAUACAUAAAUGCAACACUUUUAACACCAGUGACAUUGUGCACAUAUACAGUGAUAAAUAGUUUAAAUAGCUCUUGCAAUUCCAGUUCUAGAUAACCAUGUUUAAACCACUUAGGCUAUUUCUAUUGAUCUUAAGUGGAUGUGUUGUAACUGGAUGGAGCUAUUGAUCUGCAGUAGAAAUCCUCAGGGUAAUUCUGUGGAUGACAACAGUCACCUAUUUCACAGAGCCAAGAGAGGCCUGGAGAAGUAUACCUUGUUGUUCUUGUGAAUAAAAUAACACUGAGUCCAAUAA